AUGAAAGCGACAGAAUGGGUGAUGAAGCUCCGAAACCAACGGGAACGGUGGAAACGACAAGAACAACGAAGCGAUUGUGAAAGCGGUGACAAGGUAGAAAGCGAAAACGAUGCAAUUGAAUCGUUGAUGUUUUCGCAAGUCCGACACGGCGAAGUGUACGGGAUUGAAGGAAUAAGCUGUUCAGGAAAGACGGAAGUGUUAUAUCACCUUGCGGGAAAUGCCUUGGUAAAGUCAGCGCAGGCAUUGAUCUUGGUGAUCAAUAGCGAGUGGGACUGGAACCAAGAGCGAUUGGUGCAAGUGGUGCAUGAGAAGCUGAUCCAAAAAGAGAAGCAUUUGGAGGUGUGUGGAUGUGGUAAAGAGAAUGCAGACUCGUUUUUAUCGCAGAUGCCUUCCUCGUCGUCGUCAUCAUCAUCGUCGAGCGAAGGCGUUGAAGGAACCGUGCUGGAACCCCAAAGGAAAGACAGUUUGGGAAAGCCUGUGGAAGAGGAAACGACGACGAAAGGAAGAAAAACAUGCACUGUAUGGAAACGGGCACAAGAGAUAUUACAACGACAGUGUGUGAUAGUAUGGCCUACGGAAUUUGAAGGAUGUUUGGAUAGCAUUCCAAACAGUGCAGACGAACUUGAAACGAUAUGGAAGCGACACCAACAUGGAGAAGGAGAGCCUGUACCGCUUGGAUUUCGAGAAGCCAAAGAGGAAAGAGCGGCUGAUGGAGAGCGAUUUGGAUCACUGGAAACAAAGAGAACCGAGAUGCAUUUGGCGUAUGUAUUUUUGGAUGGAUUGUCGUCGUUUUAUUGGCAAGUGAGAUUGGAGCGAGGAUAUGGAAAGCGCUAUUUCGAGUUAGAACGCAAGUUGAGGACUGCAUCCAAGAUGCUAGGUUGUCGGGUGGUGUGUACGAAUUGGUGCUUGAACGCAAAAGCGCAUUUACCAGUGACUUUGGAAACGUUUCGAACCGAGCGACGAGCACAUACGCGAUUUUACUUUGAACAGCGGCGGACGAAAUUGGGGUGUUUAUUUUUUUUGGAUGCCAAAGGAAUCACGUAUCGCAAGCAGGACAAGGACGAGAAUUCGCAAAAGAAAUUCAUGGGAUAA